AUGCCCGCAUCGCAAAGUGGAAUUGGCAGCUUUUUCUUGGAGCGGAACGUCAGCAUGCCGACUGGAUAUCAGAUCCCUGUGCUGGGAUGCCCACCGGGUGUGCAGCAGCAGCAGGCUCAGCAUCUGGCAGCCAUGGCAGCUGGAGUCCCCAUAACGUACUCAGGACUACAGGGAUACAACUUCAUCCCUUACCCACAUCACAGGCACAUCACACACAUGAACAACGGUUUUGACUUGAAGGCCGCCUCUCCCUACCAUCACGCACUCCUGGCUCGUGGGGGGGCUUUCUACGCUCCGUACCGCCCCGGAGCAGCAGAAGAUCCCGGCAGGGUCGCCAAAGUGGCUACCCGGGAGAGCACCGGGGCGCUGAAGGCCUGGCUGAACGAGCACCUGAAGAACCCGUAUCCGACCAAGGGCGAGAAAAUCAUGCUCGCCAUCAUCACCAAGAUGAGCCUGACGCAGGUCUCAACCUGGUUCGCCAACGCGAGGCGACGCCUGAAGAAGGAGAACCGGGUCAGCUGGGCAUGCAAGGGGAAAUCAGACGAGGAGGAGGAGGAUGAUGAGCAGGAGGGAGAGAGCGACGAUGCGGACAGUUCAAUGCCGAACUGUCACCUGGAUGAUCGCGAUGAGGAAGAGCCCCAAAGUGACCGUGCUGACACCGAGGAGCACGUGGACAGCUCAGUGUCUGUGGACGCGCGGCUGGAGAUGCCGCACCAGCCGAGCAGCGAGCAGGAAGACAGAGAACUUGCACUUGUGAAGAAAGUUGAAAAGAGUGACUCUGAUCACACGAUAUCUGCUUUGGAGAGUAAAGAAAACAUCCAGAAACCCAAAAUCUGGUCACUGGCAGAAACCGCCACAUCAGAGACUGUAAGGAAACCUCUGGACUCUAUUUACCACCCUGCAGGGAAACUGUGGGCAGAGUGGGCUUCAAGAAACGGAAUGUUUGUCCCGUCAUGUUACACCACUCAUUAAAUUGUCUAAGCCGGUAUUUAGACGCAAAUUAAAGACAUUUUUGCCACAUCAUUUGCACUUUAAACUCUGAAACCUCAGGGAUUUGUUCGUUAAAUCCUGAAGUUUGCAGUGAAAAGAAAAUCUGUGUUGAGACCAAAGAUUACUUGUGUUAUUGUAAAUAAAUGUAGAUGUAUUUUUCCACCACCAACAUGUAAAUUAUGUCUCCUUUGUCUAUUCAUGAAGAAAUAUUUUUGCUUAAAAAUAAAGU